GGAGAGUUGAGGGCUAUUUGGUCGGACUUCGGAGUCGUGUUGCGGCUAGGGUUUUUGCUCGCCUGCAUCUCUCUCUUUCUCCCUCUCGCGCACUCCGAAACCCUAUCUUUGCCGCCCCCCAUCGAGGGGUACCGCCGCAAAUCUAGGGUUCCAUGGAGAUCGUCCCGCCGGCGUUGGCGUUCUUUUAGUUCUAGGUUCUCUCGAGACAGUCCGUUCCCCGCGCGUGAGGCUUCGCUUGGCACUGAUGGCCACCGUCAACCCCUUCGAUCUCCUCGGCGAUGACGACAGCGAGGAUUUUUCACAGCUCCUCGCAUCCCAGCAGCAGAAAAUCGCCUCGAUGAAGGCCGCUGCGCCUCCCGCCGCCGCCGCUGCUGCCCGAGCGCCGGCGAAGCUUCCCACCAAGCCUCUUCCUCCCGCACAAACCGUGAGGGAGGCAAGGGAAGUGAGGAAUAACACUGGAGCAGUUCGUGGUGGCGCUCUCCGUGGUGGGUUUGCGCGUGGUAGGGGUGGACGAGGGGGUGGGAUGGGUCAAAAUCGUGAUUUUGUAAAUGGGAGUGUCGGUGGAGCAUCACGGGGUUAUGACGUUGCCGAUGGUGCUGGAGGAGGUGAAGAUGCAGACUCUGCUAGGGAGAGGGAACGAGCACCCCGACAGCCAUUCAGUGGAGGUCGUGGUGGUGGCUAUGGGGGACGUGGUGGAUACGGUAAUGGGGAGGCUGGAGGGGACUCUGAACGGCCCCCACGGAGGAUCUAUGAACGGCGGAGUGGUACAGGCCGUGGGUAUGAGACGAAACGCAAUGGUGCAGGCCGCGGGAAUUGGGGAAGUGCCACUGAUGAGACUGUUGCACAGGAGAAGGAGGAGACUCUUAACACCGAUGAUAAAACUGUUGCAACUGAGAAGCAGGUGGAGCUGGAUGGAGUGCCAUCAUCUGAAGUGAAUAAAGACAACAAGGAGGGUGCAACAAAUGAGACAGAAGAGAAGGAAGAGGAUAAGGAGAUGACACUGGAGGAGUAUGAGAAACUGAGGGAGGAGAAAAGGAAAGCCUUACUUGCACUGAAGAAUGAAGAAAGGAAGGUUGAAAUUGAUGAGGAAUUGCAGUCCAUGAAGCAACUCUCGGUGAAGAAAGGAAAUGAUGAUGUUUUUGUUAAGUUGGGUUCGGAUAAGGACACAGGAAAAAAGAAAGAAAAUGCUGAUCGGGAUGAAAGGAGCAAAAAGUCCAUGCGCAUCACUGAGUUUCUGAAGCCGGCUGAAGGAGAGCGAUACUAUAGUCCAGGUGGCCGUGGUCGUGGGAGGGGACGAGGUGGCCGUGGACAAUACGGAGGUGGUUUUGGUGGUGGGGUUUCAACUUUCCCAGCUGCUGCUCCAUCAAUCGAGGAUCCUGGGCAGUUCCCUACUCUUGGUGGGAAGUAAGAGGGAUGAACGUCGCUCCCAUCAGUACAUCUCCACUAUUCUUAUUCUCAGUCAGUUUCUGAUUCAUGGAUCGUGAGAAUUCAGUACAAUAAUUGAUGCAUCCAGUUUUUUUGUUUUACUUUUCUGAUGUUAUGUAUGCGUGAGCCAUGAGUCGUCAAAGUUAUUACUGAUGAUGUCCAGGGCCUUCGUUAAUUGCUAUGAACUGCCCACCUCGAUUUUGUCAUUCUUGGAUUUCUGAAUUAAACUUUCUUAAUCUUCUGAA